CGAGUCGCACUCAGUUAAAAGAAAAAGAAACAAUCUUUGUACUGUAAUUCAGGGAGAGAGAUGGAAACAGGAGUUGUAGUCGUAGAAAAAGUGGGAGGAAAGUCGGAAGUGACUAGAUGCUUCUCGAAAUAUCCCCUCAAAUUCAUCAUUCCCAGAAAGGUGGGUCCUUCCACUACUGAUGCUGUUUGGAUUUAUAGCCUUACCUAUGGCGGAGGGAUUGUUUCUGGAGAUUCAAUAUCAUGUGAAUUCACCAUUAGAGAUGGCUGCACUGCAGUUCUAACUACCCAAGCUUCCACAAAGGUUUACAAGUCCCUGGGUUCCAAGUGUUCUGAGCAAUUCAUGGAGGCACGAGUUGGGAGUGAUGCCCUCUUUGCAGUCAUUCCGGAUCCAGUGACAUGUUUCUCCACCGCAAGGUACUCUCAGAAACAAGUGUUCAGAUUGGCUUCAGACUCGAAUUUGGUCAUUGUUGAUUGGAUUACCAGUGGGCGCCAUGAAAGAGGGGAAAAAUGGGACUUUGAACUUUAUAAGAGCACAAACCACAUAAUUUCGGAUGAUGAUCAGCCCUUUUUUCUUGAUACCGUACUGCUGGAACGUGAAGGCAUUGCCAGUAUGGUAGAGCACAUGUGGAACUACCAAGUCAUUGCUAUGGUCAUACUUUGGGGGCCAAAGCUGAGGCACAUUCAAAGCCAAGUUCAAGAAGAUGUGAGGAGGAUGAUGUCUGAGCAAUUACACAUGCCUUCUGGUGGUCUAAGCCGGCAUGCGAAAUCAAAUUCUGAUCCAAAUUCUAGGCGUUACUUUGCAAAACCUACAUUUAUUGCUUCCUGUAGUGUGUUUGGACCUAAGGGUAGUGGUGUCGUCGUUCGAAUAGCUGCUAUGACGACUGAAUCGGUAUACAAAUUUCUACAGCAUGAACUGGCUGGCAUGGAACCACUACUUGGGGUAACACCAUAUUGUUGAGAAAACGCAUACAUUGUUUCCUGUUAAGAUAAUGCAAGUCUCCAAUGCUCUUGGCUAAUUUGAUGGGAUUACGGUCCAUGUGCCUUCUUAUUGUUUAGUCUCAUCAAGCUAGAACUCUUCAUUGUAGCAUACAUUCUCUAAUUAUAGCUGAUUAUAUACAAUGCAAUUUUGUUACAUGAUUAAUUAAAGAUAAUGGCGAACGAGAACUAGGAGGCUAUUCUUCUA